AAUUAUUCAGUAGACAGUAGAUCAAGAGUUCCUGAUGAUCGAGGCCGAAACAGUAUAUCAACGGCUCGAUCAACGGUCUCGCUUUUGCUGACAAUUAGUGCAAUAAUAAUUCUGAAUUAUUAACAUUUUGUAAUAUCAAAAUUAUUGAAAACCAACUGGGUUCCCAAGAUAUGCUAAUCAUUACCCACGCCUGAGAUAUACGAGAGAAAACAUUCUUUUCCACAUUUGGAGGUGUAUAUAAAGACCAUUGUCAAGUGUGGUCGUGUAUUCAGAUGCUCCGAUCAAAGUGAAUUUCUACACUACAAUAGUGCAUUCAAAACUUUGAAAGUAUAACCUGAGCUACCGUGAGUGAUUUAUCUAACUGGUGGACCUAAUUUCAAUACAUAAUACUGUAUACGUUAGAAGAUAUUGAAUAAUAUAGGAAAUACCAUACAACUAAUUGGUGAGAAUACACAGCAGUAAAUUAUAGGCACCAGAGACUGUCAAAAUGUCGAACUGUGAUAUUUGUGGAGGAAGACCGCAAGCGAAACAUAAACUUGACUGUAAGUGCUGUAGAAAAGUCUUUCAUAUUAAUUGUGUUGACGUUGAUGAAGAUCAGUUACAAUUCUACAUCGCCGGUGAUGCCAUCUGGUUAUGCACUGGUUGCAAUGCAAUAAUUGGUAAUAAGCAGACCAUAGUAACGGACGCUACAGCGAUAUCUGACAUUCAGAAUAGCCUCAAGAUGAUUUUAGAUCAGCAAAAUCACUUUCUACUGAAAAUGGUGAGAAACGACCAAGAUAUUAAAAACCUGAAAGCUAAAGCUAAAGAUGCCGCAAUCGAGGAGGAUAUCACUGGUCAUGAUAAGAGAAUUAAAAUUCUAGAAACUGCCAUGAAGACAUUGGAAGACACAAAUAAUACAUUGAAAACUAAAAUGGAUAAUUUUCAACAGAGCAGCCGAAUCAAUUGUUUGGAAGUCACUGGUGUACCUAAAUCUGCUAAUGAGAAUAACAUCAAGUACCAUUAGAGGAACACGUUUAUAAAAAAAAACUUCCAUCCACGUGUAUUUUGAAAAAGUUAUGAUUUCUCUUCGAUAUUCCGAAAAAGGGGGCCUGUGGGGUUAAUUCUUGCCCGACAAAAUAUUGUGAGAUAUACACAUCAUUGAGUAAUAUCAGAUAAACAUAUUUUUUGAAAAAAAACUCCCAUCCACGUGUAUUUUUAAGAAGUUAUGAUUUUUUUUUUCGAAAUUCCAAAAAAGGAGGACUUUGGGGUUAAUUCUUGUCCGACAAAUUAUUGUGAGAUAAACAGAUGAUUAUAGACCCUCAGAGGAAUUCAUUGAUGUAAAAUAGUUUCAUCCAUGGACAUAUUUUG